AUGGUACUAACGAGAAACCAACAGGAAGGACAUGCUCAACAGGGAGGAACCUCUCGGCAACAGUUGGAGAGUGUUACACCAGAUGAACCAACACCUGAAGUUGUGAUGCAAGAAGGAACUGACGAGAGUCUCUUAGCUGUACUAAGACAGCUCAAAGCAGAAAUGACGGAGAUGAAGAGGGAGAGAGAAAAGGAUGCACUGGAUCUCUCGGCUCUAAGAAAGGAAAAUGUUAACUUGAGAGAAGAAAUAAGAACACACAUCCCUUCCCAAACGACACCCUUCGUCCAGGAUCAAGGGGAAUCCUCGGCGUUGCAGGAGAAAUCAAAGCAGGUCGGUUUGUACACCGAGAACGAUUCUUUAUGGUGUAGGAUUUUUCCCACCUCACUUCGAGGACCAGCCCUUAGUUGGUUCACCGGACUUCCUCCUUCAUCCAUCAACUCUUUUGCAACCCUCACAAGACGGUUCAGCUUGCAGUUCGCCACAAGCCGACCUCAUCCCUUAACAUCCUUGGCGCUGGUCAAUAUUAGGCAAGAAAAGGGAGAAUCACUUAGAGCAUUCAUGGAGCGCUUCGGCAAAGUGAGCCUUUCGAUCCAUAACUUGGAACUAGCAGUGGCUAUGCACCACCUCACAACAGCCUUUAAGCCAGGACCUUUUGUUAACAACAUCUGCAAGAAACCACCUGCUGACCUAGACGAGUUGAGAAGUCGGGCUGCAAAGUAUAUGCAGAUAGAGGAAUUGUUCGAGUACCGAAACCAGGUACGGAUGGACCGGGGGUCCAAUUCAAAAAAUACAGAUAGGAGAGAAACUUUCAAGUCUAGGCAGGAAAAUAAGGAGAAAAGAAAUGAACUUGAAAGGCCGCUUAGGGGACCCAAAUAUCCUUCCUACACUACGCUCAACACUGAUCGGUCUAGAGUACUUGAUCAGGCAUUGGCCACAGAAAUACUGAAAAUGCAUAGACGCGCCAACACUCCUCCUCGGGCAGAUAAAAGCAAGACAAACCUCGUCGGUCAAUCCAAUAGAGGAAGAGACCGUUACCCUGAGUCAUCAAGGAGAUACGAUGACAAAAGACUUGAACGACAGAAGAGUAGAUCUAGGGAGCCCUCAACUAGACGAUACGAUGAACGUGAGAAGUAUCCUAAAAGGGUCAUUAAUACCAUAGUUGGAGGGUUUGCCGGUGGAGGACCUACCCAUUCGGCCAGAAAGAGACAUUUGAGACAAGUCAGAUCAGUCAACAAUAUCUCACUUGGUAGUAGGAUUCAGAUCCCCCCUGUUACAUUUACUGAUGAAGACUUUCAAGGAGUGGACCCUGUAAAAGAUGACCUAAUGGUGAUAAGUAUAGACAUUCUCAACUGCACUGUCUGGAAAACACUCAUUGAUCAGGGGAGUUCAACCGACAUCCUCUACUGGAAUACUUUUAAGCAACUUGGAAUACCAGAAGAGGAACUCAAAGAAUACCAUGAACCCCUAGUCAGUUUUUCAGGAGAACGGGUGGAGACUCAUGGGUGUAUUGACCUUUACACGUCAUUUGGAUCAGAGCAUGAAGGAAAGCGCAUCAAGGUCACGUAG